AUUUGGUGGGAUUGCAGUUAAAAGAGUUGCCCACACAGCAAAAUCAAUUCCAACCAUUUUCACUUUCUCCACAAGAAGAAAGAAAAUUGAAAAGCAAGAAUAUGGGAAGAGAAGUGUCAGAGAGUUGUAUUGAUAGUCUACUCACCGAAAUGGUAUCAUCAUACUGCAAUCGCUUCGAUGCCAAUAAACCUGAGCUCGCUGGCCGUCGGAUCGAGGCCAUUGGCUAUCAGGUCGGUCAUCAGCUCGCCGAAAGGUAUACUAUGGAGCGACCGCGUUUUAGUGACCAUCUAGAGGCAAUAAAGUUUAUUUGUAAAGAUUUCUGGUCUGAGGUUUUCAAGAAGCAGAUAGAUAACUUGAAGACAAAUCAUAGAGGUACAUUUGUAUUGCAAGAUAAUAAGUUUCGGUGGCUUGCACGCAUGUCUAUUGAUCCAUCAAUUGAAAAUAUUGGAUUAUCACAAGAUCCUUCUGUUUUGGAGGAAAGCAAGUCUGCUCAAGCAAUGAGUAUGCAUCUUUAUUUUCCAUGUGGGAUCAUAAGAGGAGCUCUUUCUAACUUAGGGAUCCCUUGUGCGGUUUCUGCUGAUAUAUCCAGCCUUCCGGCAUGUUCAUUUGUGGUCCGUAUAAAGGCUUGACGAAAUUAUGGCAACAAAUGUGGGAUCAAAACUGGAGUUUGAAGCAUGUUCAUCUCCAAAUUGGAAUACUUUUUGUGUCCCCUCCCUUUUUCUUCAUGAAAAUGUACUUUCACUUGAGAAGUUCUAAAUGUCCAUAAAACAUAUCCAAACUUGUAAUAGUGAAAUAUUUUUGGGUGUAAUAUCUCUAUCAGCAGUGGGAGGUAAUAUUAAAAAUGUUGAUUUGAUGC